AUCUGUAAUCAUUGUUGAGUUUAUAGAGCAGGAAUACGAAUUGGUCGAAGGCAGCUCGUCGCAUGGUAAUAGGUCAAUGAGAAUAAUUAGGAUCUUUGGAAUUUGAUUUACUAAAAACGAUUGGAACCAAAUAUGUGGUUGGAGGAAUGCGAUAGUUUCGCCGAAUUAUGGCGAGGUUAUCUGCCGUAUUAUUUAUUGAUAAUCUUACCGAUUUUCAUUAUUAUCUCUCCGGUUAACCCAGUUGCCGCAUCGCACGAAUUCCCCGUACAUCGGAUGCAUCAGUAUGACUUGCACGGUGUACCGCACGGUUGCCGUAGCGCUCCAAUUUCUUUGGAAGCAAGGUCUCUUACAGGAUGGAGUACCUCCAGACACUGUAUUGUUACAAAAGCCUUAGAUCUUACACCAACUUUGUUUAAUUCAAUCAAACAGAAGGCUGGAGGUUUGAUAGUAGUUUUACCACAAAAAAUCACUGAUUUGACACCAGAGGAGAAACAGCAUAUUAUGAGCUUGGAAGAAACCAUGCUGUUUGGACCAGAGACAACAAUUCCAGUAUAUUUUACUCCAUGGCAUCCAGACCUUCAGACUAUUUUGGAUGAUCUUUCAAAUGGAUUUAUUACCGAUGAGAAAGCUGGCUCAGCAGCUGAAGCUAUGUUUAACUCUGUAUCUGCUAGUGGUUAUCAAGUAGUUGUACCAACUGGACAAGCACUUGCUAAAACAGAUGUGAAAGUGGCUACUUUACAUGGAAAGUUAACUGGCACAGGAGCUGAAGAGAAAUUACCAACAAUAGCUUUGGUAACCCAUUAUGAUAGUGCUGGAGUUGCACCUGAGUUGUCUUUUGGAGCAGACAGUAAUGCAUCUGGAGUAGCCAUGUUAUUGGAAAUAGCAAGAUUAUUCUCUAUUUUAUAUUCUACUAGUAGAUCAAGACCUCAGUACAAUCUUAUUUUCAUUAUAACUGGUGCUGGCAAGCUGAAUUACCAAGGUAGUAAAAAAUGGUUAGAAGAUCAAUUGGAUGGCCUUGAAGGCUCCAUAAUACAAGAUGCAGCUUAUGUAAUUUGUCUCGAUACGGUAUCUACCAGCGAUAAUCUUUACAUUCACGUUUCAAAACCGCCGAAAGAAAAUUCUACGGGUGGUCUCUUUUGCAAAGAACUUAAAGCUGUAUCUGAAUCAUUGAACACUACCUCCGUUGAAGGUGUACAUAAAAAAAUUAAUCUGGCCGAAGAAACUUUAGCUUGGGAACACGAAAGAUACAGCAUUCGUAGAUUACCAGCAACAACGUUAUCUACUUUGAAAAGUCACGAAGAUCCAAUUAGAGCAACAAUCUUAGAUGUUGUACAAACAGGACAGAUAGAUAAGUUGUAUAAACAUACGCAAGUAGUUUCAGAGGCAUUGGCAAGGCAUAUAUAUAAUCUGAGUUCUAGUCAAAUCUUCACUGAACCAUUAGAUGUAUCUAAGGAGUCGUUAUCAUUAUGGUUUAAUUAUUUAGCUUCCCAACCAAGAGCCGCUCCAUUAUUAGCAGACAAAAAUAACAUAUUAGUCGGUACAUUAAAAGAGGGGAUGGCUAGGUAUCUUGGUGAUGUCAAAGUUACCUUACACAGUCCUGACAAACAGGACCCUGAGUUUGUAUUUUAUGACGUUACAAAAGCUAUGCUAAACGUAUACAGUGUUAAGCCAGCUGUGUUUGAUCUCUUUCUAACAAUUGCCAUUAUUAUAUACUUGGGAAUUGUUUAUGUGAUCGUACACAAUUUCCCUCGUGCAUAUUCUCUAGCGACUCGCUUCUCAGUUAAAAAUAAAACAUCGUGAAUUUAUAUAGAAACAUUAAAAAUUUAUUGCAUUGUAAAAAAUUCACAUCAAACCUUUAAUAACAAAUGUUACAAGUAUAAAUUGAAAAUCAAACGUAUGUACAUUAAUUUUCUUCAUAUUAUUCUUCAUUUAAAGACAUAUUAUAUCGUAGAUAUUUAUAAAAGUUA